AUUCGCGACGCUCUGAUUGGCUGUGUUCACAUCACGUCAUGUUUUCUGUUUCUGAACGUUUCCUGUCAAUUUUUGCAUCUGGGAUUCACACACCUCUCUGUAUCCUCAAUAUUUCUGAACAAAAUGACAGCGAAUGCUAAGGAAUCAGCGGGUUGCCUUUAAAAGGAGAAAAUCCUCCUCCUCAUGUAUUAUCACGGAGUAUUUAUCUGGUGGAUGUGAAAUGGCUAAAUCUUUGACUGAGCUCUGCAGAGCUCACCAGCUCUAAUGCCCAAUCCACACACGUCUGUCUCCUCAAGGAAUAUCCCAGAAUUUCCUCGAGUAACCUCGCCGCAUGUCGCGCAUCAGGAGCACACUGGACACCGUUACCAAAGCCGUGAGCGGAACGGUGAACACCGAUCUCCUCGCCAAGAUCACGCGCCUCAAACCCAGUGCCGCCCAGGGCAAAACUAUAGAGGUUAAAGUGGAAUGUCCCAACCCAGAGGCCGGAGCUGUCAUGACCAUGGCGGCACCUGAGCCGCCCAGGGAGAAAGAGGUGAAAAAAGACAUAGAACCUCAUAAAGAAGCCCCGAAAUCUAUCAGUAGUCUGUCGAGCAGCGCGGGAAACACAACCAGUGCGGUUGCAAAACAAACGUUGCAACGUUUCCAACCUGCCGCUUUUACAACCAACAUGGAUGAAACAUACAAUCACCUGGCUGAACAUGUCAAUACCUACUUUGGAAGCGACACACGAGAUGACAAAUGGUCACAUGAAACGGCAUCCUCAACAUCUCAGAUCCAAAAAAGUAGCAAGGAUCAUAUCCUUAUGGCGGUGCCUGUUUCCCAUAGAUCUACACCGGAAACGCCCCCUGCUAUCGACAAGGAUGGCUCCGUCCCAAGUCCGCAAGCCCCUUAUGUUCCAGCGCAGGAUGAGGGUGUUUCAAGCAUCCCCAUAUCGCCAAGGAAAGGCAUCAGUCAUUACCUGUCCUAUCCUAGACCCAGCGUCCAGGCUUUUGUAGGAAACUACAUCGCUCCUCUCGUCCCAAAGUUCAGAGCGGAUUCAAAGAGUGGCACAGCGGAGAAGGACAAAACCUCUGGAUCUGAAGUAGUCGCGUCCCAGGAUGCAAAGAGUGCAGAAAGCAAGGAGCAAAAAGAGGCAGAAGAGAAAGCACAGAGACUGCUGUCUCAGAGGGAGAAGAUUAUAGCACGUGUUAGUGUGGACAACCGAACCAGAGCACUGGUCAAGAGUCUUCAACGAGUCACUGAUGUGAAGAUCACCAUCAGCAGGGUGGAAGAACUGAGUUUUCACCUGUUGGAGUUUCCUGAGACCAGAGGGGUGGCAGUUACUGAGAAGGUCAUCCCAUGUCUGCUGCGUUUGAGGCAGGCAAGAGAUGCCAAUCUGCAGGCUGCAGUGAGACAGGCUCUGGCCCUGGUGGGGUACGCUGACCCGGUCAAAGGCAGAGGGAUACGUGUCCUCUCCAUCGACGGCGGAGGGACCAGGGGUUUGGUUGCAUUACAGGCUUUGCACAGGCUGGAGAGUUUGACUGGCAAGCCCAUCUACCAGCUGUUUGACUACAUAUGUGGAGUUAGUACAGGGGCCAUCCUGGCCUUUAUGUUAGGUGUUUUUCAGAUCCCUCUGGAUGAGUGUGAGGAACUCUAUCGGAAGUUGGGAUCUGAUGUCUUUAAACAGAAUCUAAUUGUGGGCACAGUGAAAAUGGGCUGGAGUCACGCAUACUAUGACAGCCAGACCUGGGAAGAGAUCCUCAAAGAAAAAAUGGGACCUGCACUAAUGAUAGAGACUUCCAAGAACCCUCAAUGCCCCAAGGUGUCAGCAGUGAGCACCAUAGUGAAUAGAGGCCUGCCGCUGAAGGCGUAUGUCUUCAGGAAUUAUAACUUCCUGCCAGGGGUUCGUUCACACUACUUGGGCGGCUGCCAGCAUAAAAUGUGGCAGGCCAUUCGAGCAUCCUCCGCUGCUCCAGGAUACUUCCAGGAAUUCGUACUAGGAAAUGACCUCCACCAGGACGGUGGUCUUUUGAUCAACAACCCUACCGCUCUGGCCAUCCACGAGAGCAAGUGUUUGUGGCCCAACACACCUGUGCAGUGUGUGGUAUCUCUGGGCACAGGCCGCUAUGAAACCGUUGGCAAGACCAGCUCGAGCACUUAUACUAGCUUGAAGACCAAACUCACCAAUGUCAUCAGCAGUGCCACUGACACUGAAGAGGUCCACACAAUGCUGGACGCCCUCCUCCCUCCGAACACUUAUUUCCGUUUUAACCCUUACAUGAGUGAGGACAUCCCAUUGGACGAGAACAGACAGGAGAGGCUGGACUUCCUCCAGGCUGAGGGUCGGCGCUACCUGGAGCGCAACGAGAAUAAAUUAAAGAAAGUGGCAAGUGUUCUCACUCAAGAAAAGGGCAUCGUUCAGAAACUAGCCGAAUGGGCCCAACUUAAAGCCGACAUGUACGAUGGCCUUCCUUUUCGCGCCAAACUCUGAAACUCACACUCUAAACCAAACUAGCACAACCACUGACCUUCUCAAUUGUCUGGUUAACAUAAAGCAUGAUAAACUGUGCACUGCAGUGGAAUUACAUGUUACAUAUGUUGCUAUAUGAUGGUUUAAAACAGGGAAUCAAGUCUGUUGCUUCAUAUUGACGAGCACCUAGGAAGAUAGAAAAAGUUUUGGUCUGAUUUUAAGGAUUUAACAGUUACUGUUUACCAUGUGUUGUUUAAAACGAAGAGCCUUGAAAGCUUGAAAUAUUAGCGGCAACACUGACUAGCUACUACUUGUGUUUGCUGCUUUUCAUUUGUUGGGAUGUGCUAAUGUCAUUUCGAUUCAUUAAUUUGCAAUAGGAUAAAAUUGCUGUUGUGUUGUGUCUCUCCUCAAGAAAACCUUUAGUAACAGUCAACUGAACUGACGGUACUGUAGUUAGCAUGAGGUGAGCUGCUAAAUGCACAGACUAAAGUGUGUGUAAAUAAUUUUCAACCAAGCUUUUUAAUUUUUUAUUCAAACUCUAUUUACCAACCUUGUAAUUUUAUGUCAGACCGCUAUGGGAUCCAACAGCACUGAUGUUUUAAAGAUUUUGCACAUUAUGUUUCGAAAGCACUCAUUGCAGUUGUGUUAUUGCUGAAGAUGGCUUGCAUUGAUUAUUAUGGAAAUACUAAUGAAAUGAUCAUUGAUUUCGUGUAUUAUUUUGGAAUGCCUCAGACGCUUUUCAGUAUAUGGUUUUAUUUGCUUCUGCGUGCACUUGGCCGGAAAAUAUUUUACAUAAUUUAUUGGUUCCGUUCAGAUCGAGUGUAUAAUAUUGUAAAAUAUCACUAAUCCUUGAAUGCAUAAAAUAAGUGUGUAAAAAAAUAAGUACAAUUAUAACAGUGUUGUAGAUUUAAUUUUAACAGCUUGUUUCAGAAAUGCCAUUUUCCCAACACCUUAAAACUGUCCCUGAUGAUUAUGAAGAGAAAUAAAUCAUUUCAAAAUUCAA